AUGCCGAGUCACCUCGAUUUCGUCGACCAAUGGGGUUCAUCUUGGUUCGCAACUCGUCGCAACUCGUCGCAACUCGUGCACAGCAGUCGAGUCCAGUCGAGCGAGCGAGUCGGCCAUCCCGAGAACGAUCGUCGACGUUUGGGUCCCCCGAAUUGCCACAGAACCAAACGGCACCGCGGCGCGAUGAAGGCGACGGGGGCCGAACUCGACGAUGGAUUCCAGCUCGGGGACGCCAUCAGGUGGCUCAUAUUCCUCGUGCCGUGGAGCGCCUUCUCGCUCUACGGCCUCCUGGCCCUGUCGGCGCAGCUGGGGCCGCUGGGAAUCGUCGAGGCGGUGGCGCUCUCGCUGGUCUCGCUGCCAUUCUGGCGUCGCGUGUGUCGCCGGCCGGUGUAUCUCCCGUACACGGCUCUGCUCAGGCGGCACCUCGCCAAGUCCGCGGACUCCGCGGGAUUCGAAGAUACCAGCGCCGCGGGCGUCACCGCCAACCCGGGCCUGGCGUGGGUCAAGACGGUGGAGGAACGGACCGAGUCGAUGCAGGAGGAGCUCGGCGCGUUCCUCAGGUCCACCGCGUGUCGCACCCCGGAGGACGACUUCGUGGAGAGCGACGAUAACGCCGCGGCCGACGACGACGCGUGGAGGCUCGACAGGCUCAGCGGCGACGGGUCCGACGGCUCGGGUCCCUCGGGGAACGGAGGAACGGCGACGGCGACGACGGGAACGGGAACGGGAACGGGAACGCGGCGAAGGAUGACCCGCUCGGCGUCGUUUGGGAGGAGAAACGCGCGGCCCUCGCGGCGGCUCGUUCGCGCCGGCUGGUCCUCGCUGCCGCUGUGCGACGACACCCUCGUGGAGCCAAACGCGAUGGCCAAGCGACACUUUCCCAAGACGAUCCGCGCCAUCGCCGCCGUCGGGGGCUUCCAGGCGCGGCUAUGGGUCCUAUCCCCCGACGAGUCGCCUCCCCUCGUCGCUCGCGGCGUCAGCGACGGAUACUGGCGGACGCACGUCGUCUUGGCGGCUGACGACGACAUGCACCUGGUGGACGGGGGCGGGGAGGGACCGAACUUCGUGCUGGCGGGGAUCCAGGUGGGAGGGGAGCGGCGGGGCAUCGACGUCGGCGUCACGCACGUCGUGAACGAUCACCGCGGGAAAUUCUUCUACAACCGGCUCGGGGGCGACGGCACACGAGGGGACUCGGGGCCCGGCGCGGUGGUGCUGACGUUCGACGUGUGCACCCCGGAGAUGUGUUCGAGCAGGGACGCGAUGAUCAAGCACAGGAGCGAGAUGAUCGCGGCGCUCGGAGAGGUUGGAGGGGGCGCGACGGGGCCGGAUGGUGGGUUGGAGUGGCGCAGGGCGUGGGCGUACUUUCGGCUCACGCUCCUCGCGAACUUGGGGUAG